AACCACUGUAAACAACAUACUAACAUAAAAAGGGCUAUUUCCGGCUGGGCUGAACUUUAAAUAAUAAAUGUAUCCAAUCGUUAAUUAAACAAACAGAACGCUCGAGGUAAAACAACAACCUUGGGACCAAUGAAACAGCAGAGGGGCAAAUAAUGUCCGCAUUAAAACCGCGAGUCUCCAGAGCAGAGGUUACAGUGAGGCUAGCCGCAGAGCUAACAGUCACAGCCGCUCACAUCUGCCGCCUGUAACGUUACUGCAUACUGUACCGUACAUGUCCACCAGCAUUUAUUAACAAAACAUCCAUCCCGUGCUAUAACCUGCGAAUGACUGCAUAAAGCUGAGCGACAAUGGACUCGAAGAGGGAAAGGGACAAUGAAACAGAAUGUGGAAAGAUUACCACUGUGCUUCUGAAGUCCCGCACCGGGGAGUUUGAUUUGGAGUCCAUUAUGUUUCUUAAACUAAGGAAUUUAGGAAUUUAUGACCUUGGAUGUAUAGGAGAGUGUAUAAACCUGGAGAGGCUGGACCUCUUUGGAAAUAACAUCACAAAUCUGGGGCCUCUUUCAUCUCUACGAAGAAUUCUUGUUCUUAACUUGUCAGCCAAUAGAAUCUCUAAUUUAGAACCCCUUUCCAGCUGUGAAAGUUUACAGAGUUUGAAUGUUGCUGGUAAUGUGAUACCAAGUGUUGAUAAUCUUCAUGCACUCAAGGCUUUAAAGAAGCUGGAGAGCAUCAGAUUGAAGGACAACACCUAUAAUUACACCAAUCCAGUCUGCAGGAAUUCAUUAUACCGGACUCUUAUUCUUGACAUUUUCCCAAACAUUAAAGUGUUGGAUGGUGAAAGGGUGGUGGGACGUGGAAGUGACUUAUACCAACUAUGCAAAGACAUUGAUGAUACCAUUAAAGCAGGCAUGAAUAAAAAUGGCCAGAUGCCUGAGUUGCCAGACACCAAACCUUGGGUGGAUGAUGGUUUCUGGGAGAUAAAGAGAUCAAACAAUGCCAUAGUUGAUGAAGCCUAUAAACAAUUCAGUGAUGUUCUUCAUGAAUGCAGGCUGCUGAACAGUCGAGCAGCCCACGUGAUCUCACAAAAUGAAUGGACCGUCAGCCUCAAGAGCCAACCAAAGCAGUAUGCAGUUUAA